UCAACAAUGGCAAAUGGUAAAACUAAUUGAAAACGCUAUUGCGAAGAAAAUGUGGAGUGAACUGCAAACGGUGAUUAAAACCCAAUAAACCGGUAUGAAAAUAUGCCAGAACCAAGAAACAAAUAGUGAUUGCAUGUGCUAAUAAAAACGGAAACGAAACUCGCAAAUAAUUGUUCGCGAUUCGCUCUCUCGCUGGGCCUUUCUACCUUUCUACCCCCCCCGCACCAAUUCCCGCCCGGCUGUAGAAGCUCUGUUUUGCAAAAUGAGAUUCUGCGUUGUGGUUUGUUGCGUGUUAUUUUUGCUGGCCAGCACACCUAUUGCAUCAGCCCUAGGAAAAGCCAAACAAGCCGCCGACUCAGCAGAAGUCGUUACUAGCGGAGAGGAUGAGAAGACGGACUGCACCGACCUGGCCCGGGACGAGGAGGCGCUGAUGGUGUUCUCCACUCUGGGCGGCGGACUGACAGCCAUCGAUCCAGUGACUAGUGAAAUACGUUGGACUAUAGCAGAUGAUCCCCCGAUAGUGGCGGAACCUCAGGAAAAUGUCCAGGUUCCUCAUUUCCUACCCGAUCCCCGGGAUGGAAGCAUCUACCAACUGGGCCAAAUGGGCAGCCUCAAGAAGCUGCCGUACACCAUUCCCCAGCUGGUCGCCAAUGCCCCGUGUCGUUCUUCGGAUGGCAUUCUAUACUCUGGGAAGAAGAGUGACACCUGGUACAUGGUGGAUCCCAAAACCGGCAAGCGGGAGAAGGUCAUGGGCUUUGGAGAUGCCAGCAUGGAUGGCAAGGAGGGCGAGCAGAUCGGCUGGGCCACUUCGCGGUCCAUCUACUUGGGCAGAACGCAGUACACGGUGAUGAUGUUUGAUAGUCUGGCCAAGGACAAGAACGCCAAGCCGUGGAACAUCACGUUCUACGAUUACAAUGCUCUUAGCGCCCCGCCAGAGUUGGCUAAGGAGUAUGAAUACAUCCAUCUGACCACCACUAGCAAUGGCCAAAUCGUUACCCUGGACCGAAAGCAAGGCAAGUUUCUGUGGCAGCGGGAUCUGAGCAGCCCGGUCGUGGCAGCUUUUCUUUUGGGUCCUGAUGGACUGCUCAGUGUGCCUUUUACCACGCUCUCCGAUGAGGCCUUCCAAGCUAUUUUGGAAGAGUCCAAAACGGGCAACGUGAACACGAUUAAGCUAUUCCAAUCCCUUUAUGUUGGCGAGCAUCAAAAUGGGCUGUAUGCCCUUCCAUCGUUAAUGGACAAAAAUACGCCGCGUAUUUCAACUACGCCGCCCAUCAAACUCAUCGAUGGACCUGUGGGCGAACCAAACAACAACCAGGAGACCGAUCCACGAACAGUUUAUAUCAACGAUGUGCUGCAGGAGCAUCCCGGCAUCAUGCUAGGCCACUACAACAUGCCCAAUGAAGGCAACGGAAACCUCCAGUUGUCUCCCACUUCUGCCAGCAGCAAGAGUAUCCAAAGUCUGGCUACCAUACAUAACUACAAUGAUGGCUAUGGGCUGCUGGCCAACAACGAGAAGAACUCCGCCGAUAUUGGCGUGCAAACUGAUCCCAAUAUCGUGGAGAUCGGCAUAGAUCAGCGAGCCAACGGCAACACAAUCAAUCGUACCAAGACCAUCAUCCUGCAGAACAGCAACAAGGUGCAGGCCUUUAUCAACGAGUGGUUUAUGGAGCAUCCGAGCAGCAAGGUCCACCAGAUUUUGAUCGUAAUCGUUCUGGGCAUGAUUGCCCUCUUCUGGUACACCUGCAGCACCAUGCGGGAGCUGCAGAAGCAGAGCGAGAACGGAUCCAAAACCUUUGCUAUAACCCAGAACGGAUCAAACGGGAGCAACGGCAGCAAUGGAAGCAACGUGAACGCCCAGGAUCUCGUAGACCUGGGAGACGGUCAAGUCCGUGUGGGCAAGAUAAGCUUUAAUUCAAACGAAGUUUUGGGAAAGGGCUGUGAAGGUACCUUUGUGUUCAAGGGCACAUUUGAGGAGCGGUUUGUGGCUGUUAAGAGAUUGCUCCCGGAGUGCUUUACCUUUGCGGAUCGCGAGGUAGCACUGUUGAGGGAAUCAGAUGCUCAUGAAAACGUAGUGCGCUACUUCUGCACCGAGCAAGAUCGUCAGUUCAGGUACAUAGCCGUUGAACUAUGCGCUGCCACCUUGCAGGACUACACUGAAGGCGAUCGUUCCCUGGAGCUGCAGGACCACAUCGAUGUGUGGCAGGUGCUAAGCCAGGCAGCAGCUGGGUUGAGCCACCUCCACUCCUUGGACAUUGUGCAUCGCGAUAUCAAGCCGCAGAAUGUUCUCAUUUCGUUGCCUGAUGCCAGGGGCAAGGUUCGGGUGAUGAUCUCCGACUUUGGACUGUGCAAGAAGCUUAAUUUCGGAAAGACUAGCUUUUCUCGUCGGUCAGGAGUCACUGGUACCGACGGCUGGAUAGCUCCAGAGAUGAUGCGUGCCCAGAGAACGACAACUGCGGUGGAUAUCUUCUCAUUGGGAUGUGUGUAUUACUAUGUCCUCAGCGGAGGUCAUCAUGCCUUUGGGGACAAUCUCAAGCGGCAAGCAAACAUUCUCUCGCACGAGUACAAUCUUUCCAAGCUGCGAUCUGAAGACGAUAGCGAGAACAGCAAAAUUGUCCUUGCUGAACAGUUGAUAUCAGACAUGAUCCACAAGGAUCCACAGUCCCGUCCCCCAGCUCGGUGUAUUGGAAACCAUCCACUGUUUUGGGACGAGCCUAAAAUGCUUUCGUUUCUGCAGGAUGUCAGCGACCGUGUAGAGAAGCUACAGUUCCAUGCCGAACCUCUAAAGUCCUUGGAGAAAAACGGACGUAUUGUGGUUCUGGAUGAUUGGAAUGUGCACUUGGACCCCAUGAUUACAGACGAUCUGAGAAAGUAUCGCGGCUAUAUGGGCGCCAGUGUACGGGACCUAUUGCGAGCCCUGCGCAACAAGAAGCAUCACUACCAUGAGCUGACCCCAGCCGCUCAGGAGAUGCUGGGUUGCAUUCCGCACGAGUUCACCAACUACUGGGUGGACCGUUUUCCGCAACUCAUCUCACACGCCUACCACGCCUUCAGUAUUUGCUCCAACGAGCCGAUCUUCAAGCCGUACUACAGUAUGGGAUAUCACUUCUCACGUCCGUGGUAUUUCGAUGCGGACGACGCUUUGUUUCCCAUGCUCAUGCGAGAUCCAAAGCCGCUGCCGAGAAUUGGCAGCCCUAAGAAAACGCCGCCACCGGCCAGCAGCCAAGUGCAGCAGCUCAAACAGCGCAAGGGAGCCUACAACUUUCGUAAGGGUAGCGAUGAGCUGACCUUUGCGGGAGUGGGCUUGCAGAGAAACCUCGAGCUGGAUGGGCAAUCACUGGAGUCGGACAGCAAACGUGAUGUGUAUGCGAACUUCAAGUUCCGGCGCAAUGCCAAGCCGGGAAACAAUCGAAACUACGGUGGCGCCCAGAAAGAGACGCAGGACAAGGAGAAGUACGUGAGCUGGACGUUGCCGCCUUCGACGCAGGACUAGGGCAAGCAAGAAAUAAGAUAGAUAGUAGAGAUGUGUAGUUUUAAUCAUUUAUUAAUAUAGUUAUUAUUGUUUAAUUGUGCAAUUUGUGUAUAUGCAACUAUUCCAAAACUAUUCCCAAUUCAGUUCUUAGCUAAAUUUACGAAGGAUGAUCACGAAGGAUAACGAUGAAGAUGAAAAGGAAACUAUUUUGUAUACCAUAGUGAGGAUAAUGUAGUGUGUCGUCUGUCGAAUGCACGCAAUUUAACUGUGAUAAUUUUUGAUUUUUGUUUAAUGCCCAAGUGCAAAUGGACCUAGACAAAUAGUUCGAGUUUUAUAUUUUAUAUAGUACUUAGACAUAUUGUAUGUAUAUUUAUGCAUUAGUUAAGUGAUCUAUAUCCCAACACGUGUUUGACAAGCGAAAAUAGCUCUAACUAUUAAUAUCUUCUUGAAAUCAGUUUAGUAUUUGAGUUAAUGGAUAACUUGAUUUCGAGCGGCAUUUUCUAUAAAGUCUUAAGCUUAAUCAAAAUGAAAACUAAAUAAAAACGUAAUGCGAAUUUUA